UCCGGGUCGUGCUGCAUUAUUUGUCGCGUGUGUCGGCGGAUAUCGCGCGGUCUGUAAUACAGUCAACAGUGACCCUAAUGUCCGAGCCUCCACGGGUCACUGGGCUGACAUUUCUACUACAUCUCGGGCCUGAUCCCCUUUCUGAAAGGGAUUUUGUCCUAUUGCCAGGACAAAUCCCACUUGAUCUCAACACGGACUGAUACUCUUCUAAUAGGAUUUUAAUUAUAAGUGCGAUAUUUUCGUUGUGAUGGGGCCGUAAUAAUGUUUAUUUCCUCGAUACAUAUCGAAGUACUCCUAAGUCAGGUCCGGGGACUUGAGGAAGCCGAGCUGCACUCGUUCAGAUCGGGUCCUCAUCGAAACCGAGGAAACCAUGUGUGGGAUCGGACUCGCCGUCUUCCGGCAACUGUGUGCCGCUGCCUCCGCAUGUCUGAUAGUGGUGGCGUGUGGAACGUCGUUCGGCUGGAUAGCGCCGACGUUGGUGAAGUUACGGUCAGAAGACAGUGAGAUCCCUAUGUCAUCAGCUGAGGCCUCUUGGAUGAUAGCGAUCAUUGAAGUGGGAAACCUCUUCUCUCCCAUCCCGGCCGGUCUCAUCGUGGACAAGAUGGGCCGCAAACCGUUGAGUCUCAUCACGGGCCCUCUCUACCUGAUCUCCUGGCUGAUCAUACUCCGGAUCAAGACGGUGGCAGCUCUUUGCUUCGCCAGGAUCGUGCAAGGACUGGCUCUGGGUAUCGUGUUCACAGUCGUCCCGAUGUACUUGGGUGAAAUCGCCUCCCAGCACGUGCGAGGAGCUAUCACCAGCUUAUUCCAGAUAGCCUUCUACCUCGGGUUCCUCUUCGAGUACAUCAUAGGACCGUUCGUCUCGUAUGACGCACUGGUCAUCAUCACUCUCUGCCUGCCCAUAGCUUUCGUCGCCCUCUUCUUCUGGCAGCCCGAGUCACCCUACUAUUACAUCAUCCGCGGAAGAGAGGACGAGGCUGAGAGCUCUCUGAUGUGGCUCAGAGGCACCAGCAACGUAGAGGACAUCAAGGAGGAGCUCAUGGACAUUACACAGACCGUUCAGAAGGAGAUGAGCAACAAAGCGUCUAUCGCGGACGUGAUCGCUACUCCUACCGACAGAAAAGCUCUGCUGAUCGUCCAGGUCGUGGGAGGUGUGAAAAUAUUGAGUGGGUUGCCCGCAAUCGUGUCUUACUCUACAGAAUUAUUUCAAAGAACCGGGUUCACUAUGAUCCCUCCUUACGUCAUGACUAUCAUCAUGGGUUCUGUACUUUUCAUCUCUGGAUUCUUCAGUACUGCUUUGACGGACCUCGCUGGAAGAAGACCUCUACUGAUAAUCUCGACGGCCGGAUGUGCCUUCAGUCUCGGCCUCAUCAGUUUGUUCUUUUUCUUCUUCGACAAGACGGACUACGAUCUCUCCAACUACAGUUGGGUCAGUCCUGCGUGCAUCAUACUCUACAACUUGUUCCUGGCGUUUGGCCUGGACCCGGUCUCGAUGACCUAUCGCUCGGAAAUGUUCCCUGCCAACACAAGAGCCGUCGCCUCGAGCAUCAACACUAUCAACUUCACGAUAGGCGCAUUCAUCACGCUCAAGCUCUACCAGAUAGUAGCGGAUGGCAUCGGUGUCUACUUCAUAUUUCUGAUAUUCUCACUGACUUGUUGGUUCGGUUUAGUGUGGAUGUACUUUUAUGCAAUCGAGACAAAGAACAAGUCCCUUUCGGAAAUUCAGCAGGCUUUGUCGAAAUCGACACAAAGUUAGCAACUGAGAACGCAAGACUUUAAGCUUAAUGUUAAAGUGACUUAUUUCAAUAAGGUUUUGUAUCCUAAGUAAGGUCUGUGAUUUAAUUUUUUACGAAGUAAUUUUUGUAUUGAAUGUGUAUUAUAAAUAAAUUAUUUUUGUUGAUAUAUAAAAA